ACGAACUCUUGAACCAAACCAUUUAUGGGCUUACCCCACACUUUUUCAACUACCCAUUCCAAAUGGACCAACCGUCGCCGAUUAACUCAUUUUCCGACAUGGCCACCUCACGGUUCCGAUUCCGGUUCCUCUUUCUCCUCCAGCUCCAACUCCUCCUCUCUCCGACGCUCUCCCUUGAUUUCAUCUUCAACUCCUUCACCGGCGCCGCCACCAACCUCACCCUCAUCAACGACGCCCGCGUCGACGCCACCGUGAUCCGCAUGACCAACGACUCCAACCAAUACUCCUUCGGCCGCGCUUUCUACCCGACCAAAAUCCCCAUGAAACCGCCGCGAAAACCCAUUUCUUCAUUCUCCACUUCCUUCAUCUUCUCCAUCUUGCCACAGAUCGCUACCAGUCCUGGCUUCGGCCUCGCCUUCCUCCUCUGCAACACCACCUCCCCUCCCGGCGCACUCGCUAGCCAGUACUUCGGACUUUUUAACAACGCCACCACGCCCACCCAGUUCCCUCUCUUCGCCGUCGAGUUUGACACCGGCCAGAACCCUGAGUUCAACGACAUCAACGACAACCACAUCGGAAUCGACCUCAACAACGUCGAGUCCGUAAACUCAACCUCCGCCGGGUACUUCAAUUCCACCGGCGGCUUCGUCUCUGUCCGUAUGCGCACUGGCCAGAACGUUCGCGCCUGGAUCGAGUUCGACGGCGGAAAUCUGGAGGUGAACGUCACGGUGGCGCCGAUCGGUGUUUCGCGCCCUUCAAGGCCCACGUUUUCGUACAGAAACCCAGAGAUAGCUAACUACUUGUCUUCCGAUAUGUACGUCGGGUUUUCCGCUUCGAAGACCAAUUGGAUCGAGGCACAGAGGGUUCUGGCAUGGAGCUUCAGUGAUUCAGGGGUUGCUAGAGAGCUCAACACGACCAAUUUGCCGGUGUUUCUGCCUGCAUCAUCGUCGUCUUCCUCGCUUUCCGACGGGGCUGUUGGAGGAAUUGUGGUGGGUUGUUUUGUGUUUCUGGCGGUUUUGGCAACUGGGGUUUACUUGUGGUGGUGGAAGAGCAGAGGGAAAGGGUAUGGAGAAGAUGAAGUGGAAGAUUGGGAGCUUGAGUACUGGCCCCACAGGUUCACCUAUGAGGAACUGAGUGUGGCAACAGGGGAGUUCCGGAAGGACCAUCUUCUGGGUUCUGGAGGGUUUGGAAGAGUGUACAAAGGGACACUGUUGAACCAGACGGAGGUGGCGGUGAAGUGCGUCAGCCACGAUUCCAAGCAGGGGCUAAGGGAGUUUAUGGCGGAGAUUGCGAGUAUGGGGAGGCUGCAGCACAAGAAUUUGGUCCAAAUGCGAGGGUGGUGCAGAAAGGGGAAUGAACUCAUGCUGGUUUAUGAUUACAUGCCUAAUGGAAGCCUCAACAAGUGGAUCUUCGACCAGCCUGAGAAGCUUCUAAGGUGGGAGUACCGCCGUCGUGUCCUCGUUGAUGUGGCGGAGGGGCUGAACUACCUUCACCAUGGUUGGGACCAGGUUGUGAUUCAUAGGGAUAUCAAAUCCAGUAACAUAUUGUUGGAUGCUGACAUGAGAGGAAGGCUAGGUGACUUUGGUUUGGCCAAGCUUUACCAGCACGGGGAGGUUCCGAACACGACGCGUGUGGUGGGGACGUUAGGGUAUUUGGCGCCGGAGAUAGCAAAUGUAGCUGCACCAACCUCUGCCAGCGACGUGUACAGUUUUGGGGUGGUGUUGCUGGAGGUGGCGUGUGGGCGGAGGCCGUUGGAGACAUCGGUGCCGGAGGAGGAGGUGGUGCUGGUUGAUAUGGUGAGGGAGUUGUAUGCUAGAGGGAGUGUCAUUGAGGCUGCGGAUUCUAGGAUUCAGGGGGAGUAUGAUGUGGGGGACAUGGAGAUGGUAUUGAAGCUUGGGUUAGCUUGUUGCCACCCUGAGCCACACAGAAGGCCAACCAUGAAGGAAGUGGUGGCGCUGCUUCUCGGGGAGGAUUUAGCAGAGGCGCCGGGAAAGGUGUUGUCUGAAUUGGCUCGCAGCGAGGAACCGGAAGAGGAGGCGGCCCCUUUGCAACCUUCCACUUAGCUUUGACUGCACAUAGUUUGAUCAGUCCCCCCGAUUCAUGUACACCAUAAUAAUAAUAACACUCAUGUACACCUAUUUUUUUCUCUCUAUCUAUUUCUUCUUGUUAAAAUUGUAUUACUUUUCUCUCUUAUCUUCAUAUCUUUAGGUGUCUACACCAAAUGAAAGUGGCACACGAAACAUUAUUGUAGUUUGAUUUUUCUUCCUUUUACACACUCUCCUUUUUCAAUGUAGUUUCCAUGAUUGGAUUUGGCUAAAUUGUGUUUUGAUUUGAUCUCAUAAUGGAAAAUGUUCUGUGCAUUUGUAUUUUUA